CCCUGGGGACCCAGCGUGCGUCUGAGAGGCGAUGGGGGAGGUGGGAUAGGGCUUGGGGAACCGACCGGGGCAGGGAAGCCGAGCGACACAGUGAGGAGAGACCGGCACAAAGACUUAGGGGCAGAGAGAGGUCCAGAACCUGUGAGGCUGCCCACGAGGGACAGUGAAGUAACUGAACAGAUACAGAGACCGAGACACCGACAAGAAGAAAGUCAACAGGGAGGGAUUUCUACUCUCAGAGACCUAGACAAUGUGCAUUGUCUACCAAGCCAGCUCCAGCUCGUCUGACUCCCUAAAACGAAGUAACUCUCUCGUAACUACCUUCUGAUAAGAAUCCAGCCUGCAAAUGCUUGGGGUUAGAGCUGUAUCACCCCUAGGACACGGGGCAAGAACUGAGACUCCCGGGCCUGCUGCCCCUUAGGACACUAAUUCGACUUCGGGCUUUUAUUUGAGUGUUCCUUGUAUCUUUCACCCUUUCUGUUCUUUCUCUCUCAUCUUCCCGGAACCACCUAUGUCAUGGGCUAGUUCCCUCCACGAGGUAAAUAACUCUUUGACACGCACUCAUUGCGUUUAUUUUUAGCUUUAAAAAAAUAUUUGACAGUCUGAGCAGAGUUCAUUCUCCAGGAUGGGGGGACAAACCGAGAGAAAGAGAAAACAGACCAAGCCGGAAACGGAAGGAAGCAGGGAGGAGGAUGGAAAGACACAGACAGUCGCGGGUGGGAAAAACUCGAGAAAAACGACGCAGAAAGCCCGCUUCGGGCAGGGGCGGCCUCUGGCGCUCUCGGCUGGACUCCCUGCGCAGCGUCCUCGGGGCCGAACUACAGCUUCCGGCGGGCCUGCGAGCGCCGGGCGCAGGGUGUAGAGCGCCGACGGGGGCGGGCCCCAGGAGGGCUCCGCGUCUGCGGAGCCCCGGCGAUCUUCAGCCUCCGCCCACAACAUGGAGGCUGAGCGCGGCCGCCUCCGCGAAGAGGCCCUGUGAGGCAGGAGAUGGGCAAGAGCCGCAGCCCCACCGGCUCCGCGGAAGCAGCCGGCCGGCGCCGCGCUGCGGAGGCAGAGGCAGGUAUGGCAGGAGAGGCCAAGAGGCUGUCCUUGUGGGCACCCUGGUAGCUACCGUGGAAAGGCACUGGGGAGAGAGCUCAUCAAGGUGUGUGGCUCAGGGAGGCGGGAUGAAGACAACUCCCCGGCCGCAGGUGUCGGGGAUGGCACCCCUUGGUGGGAUUGGCCUCCGCCACAGUGCCAAGCGGGACCGAAAGUCCAUCACCCUACAGGUGAAGUUAGAGGUGCUUCGGAGGUUUGAGGAAGGUGAGAAGCUGACUCAGAUUGCCCGGGCCCUGGGGCUGGCGACCUCUACCGUCGCUUCGAUCCGUGUCAACAAGGACAAGAUCCGGGCCAAUUCUCAGGCGGCCACACCUGUCAGCGCCAUGCAGCUGACCCGCUGCCGGGGUGUGGUGAUGGGCCACAUGGAACGCUUGCUGAGCCUCUGGAUUGAGGAGCAAAAGCGGCAGAACCUGCCCAUCAGCACGCUGCUCAUCCAGGACAAGGCUCGCCGGCUCUUUGUGCAGCUGCAGCAUGAACAGGGUAAUGGCACUCAGGCUGAGACCUUUGGGGCUAGUAACGGCUGGUUUGCCCGAUUCAAGGCCCGCCACAAUGUGCUGUUGACAGACGAACCAUCUGUGGCUGACACCCAGGCUGCUGCCCACUACCCCCCAGUGCUGCGCACCAUUCUGGAGGAGGGCUGCUACUCGCCACGCCAAGUCUUCAACGUGGAUGAGACGGGCCUUUUCUGGAAGCGGCUCCCAGAGCGCAUGCUGCUGGCACUGGAAGGGGCGGCUGGGCCUGGCCUCAAGGCCUCUAAGGACCACCUGACCCUGCUGCUUGGUGGCAAUGCAGCUGGUGAUUUCAAACUGAAGCCUCUGCUGGUGUACCCCUCGGAGAACCCGCGUGCCCUCAAGGGCUGCUCCAAGGCCAACCUUCCUGUGGUCUGGCGCUCUAACCGCAAUGACUGGCUGACACCCAGCAUCUUCCAGGAGUGGUUUACUGGCUGCUUCUGCCCUGCCGUGGAGAGCUACUGUGCAAGCCACGGCCUCCCACACCGUGCCCUGUUGCUCUUGGAUGGUGCACCCUGCCACCCUGCUCACCUAGGUGGCCUCUCAGCCCACGUGCGAGUUGAGUUCCUGCCCAAGAACACAUCGGCCCUGAUCCAGCCCAUGAACCAGGGUGUCAUUGCCACAUUCAAGGCCUACUACCUGCGCCGCACGCUUGGCCAGCUGGUCCAGGAGACGGCUGGUGAAGACCGGCCCUCUGUGCGGGAGUUCUGGCGCAGCUACACUGUUGUCACUGCUGUGGACAACAUCGCUGACGCCUGGGCAGAACUGCAGCCUGCCACCAUGAACAGUGCCUGGAGGAAGCUCUGGCCUGAGUGCGUUCCUGCCGGCACACCCGAGCCUGACGCCGUGCCUCAGCUCCGCCACAGCAUUGUUGCACUGGCCAGCCGUGUGGGCCUUGGAGAUGCAGCAGAGGCUGAUGUCACCAACCUCCUGCAGGCCCGUGGGGAGCCCUCACCCCAUGACAUCCCCCAGGAUGCAGAGGAUGGGGACGUCAGCGGCUCCAGGUUGCCAUGGGAGGCAGGGAAAGGCUUGGUCUCCCGAAAACCAGAGCCAGAUUUCACGGAGGCUGUGGUGGCUGCGGGGACUGAGGAAGCUGAUGUGGGUGCUCUGAGCUCCGAGCACCUGGCCCAGGCCCUGACUCACUUUGCUGCUGGUUUACGGGUCCUCAUGGAGAAUGAUCCAAACCGGGAGCGCAGCCUACGGGUGUCCCGGGGUGUCCACUGUGCCCUCGCCCGCCUCCGGGAGCUGCACCGGGAAAGGAGGCGACAGGCUCGGGCCGCUGCAUCCUCAGGAGGGCCUGUGGCAGUGGCAAGGGAUUUGGCAGGAAAGCUGCCCUUGCCCCAAGUGGGGCCCAUAGAGGGUGGGGAAGGGCCUAAGGGCACAGGUCAUGAAGGUCAGACCUCUGGCUGUCCUGUAUGAUUUGGAGCUCGGGCUUGACCUCACAUGAUCUCUCUCAUGAUGUUUUGUUUCUGGAGGUCAGAUACUGCUACUUCGCUCCAAGGGUUCUCAUAUCUCAUGCUCUGUGGUCUUUGUAUAGUGACACACAGCUCAGGCUUGGGGAACAGAAGACUAGUGUUCUCUGAUUGGCAGAUGAACUGCAGGGGCCAGGAGUGCCCGCCCACCUAUGACCGGGACACAUCCUGUAGUAUGGUCAUUGCCCAGCACAGCCAGGGCAGGUUUCCUUGUGGGGGGGAGCCAGAACUGAGACCCGCCUCUCCCAUUUUCCAAACCUGACCUCUUACUCCCUCCACCAUUGUGACCCUUCCUUGCCAACUUUAGAUGAGGGUUUCCUGCUCUUGCCAUGUCCUUUGUCAAUUUCCAUGCCAUCCUCACCUCUUCUGGCUUCCAUGGC